AUGUCGCUAUUUGAUGAUAACUGGAGUUCGUCAUCUUCCUCGUGCAGUGGCGAGGAUUGUGGGGAAGGCGAUGCACAUCUUUGUGCUUCAGUGCGGCAUGGCCCGUGUGCUGCAAAUAGCUCGGUGACCAUUAUAAACCCGACGGCGGGUGGUGGCAUUUCGCGCUUUACUCUAACUGCGGAAGAAAGUAAGCGGGCAGAGGAGCGGCGUCGUAGAGAGGCGGCGAGUCGAUCACAGCUUCAUGGUGUGCCUAAGAUUGAGGCUGGUGGAGGUAAAUCGCGUUUGGAGGGGAGCCGUUUUUAUGCCUCCAUGGCGGAGGCGUUGCGGCUGCGGAAGGACGCGCGGGAGGCGUUGUUGCUACAGCGUAUUCAGAAGCAGCGGCAGGAGGAGGCCAACAACGCAGAUCUGGUGGAGAAGGAUCUUGAGGUUGGUGUCUUCGUUACGCCGCAGUACCUUGCGGCGUUAAAGCGUCAGAAGAACCUUCUCACGGCCUCAUUCCAUGACGGUCUGGUCAAUGCUGCGGCGGGAGGUGAAGAGGGGAUUGAUCACUUAGAGGCUUAUGUGCGCCAACUCGAGGAGAAGAGGACAGCCGCAACGUUACAGUCGUCUUCAAUGUUUCCGGGGACUGUAAGUGCUUCCACCAAUAGCUCUAUUGACGACGGGGCGAAGGUGGCGACGCAUGCUGCGCAGGAGCGCCAUCAAAACUACAUGGGCCCGGACGUGUUUCCAGUAGAGGGGGAUUCCGCAUCGAUGACGCACACUGUGUUGUUCUCGGCGCCGACGAGUCCCACGACUGUGGCAUCGUUGCCUGAGGACGGCAACAUUAAUGAGCGUGGUGGCGACGAUAUAAGGCGGUCCCUGCCGUAUGACUCUGCGCCGCGUGAGGCGGUGUGUUCUGAGGAUGGUAUCCAUGAAGCAGAGGAGAGCCGCAAGCGUCAUCGCGCCGACCGCCACUUCAUGACAGCUGCUGCUGAGCGGUUUAAUGCGCGAGCCUUAGAAGGCUUUUGGGUGGGGUGA